AUGGCUAAGGAGAUGGUGGUUUGCGACGGGGUGAGGCGUUUGGGGUUGGCUGUGGGGUGUGAUGGCUCUGUUUCAGAUAUGGGUUCGGGGGAUGAGGUGUGCAGUGGAGCUUGUUGUAAAUUUGAUGGGGUGUGUCUGCAAGAGGAGAGAAUUUUCAAUGGGGUGGGGCUUGAUAUCAGAUGGGGUGGGUUUGAUUUCAGAUGGGGUGUGUUUGAAAGAGAAGGGGGUUUUCGAUGA